AUGCUUGUUCCGGAACGUAAUCCAUCGACGCCAGUUUCAGCUAACAAUUCAAAAAAACGUUCGACAUUGACUAAGCAAAGAAAGUCAAAAAAAGUUCGCAAUGAUUUCGAUGAUAACGAUCUAUCCAAAGAUGGUGAAAACUCUCUAUCUCAGUCAAUUUUUGAAGAAUCGACUUCAUCUAAAAAUCAAUUAAUUGGACAGAAAAUAACUGAUUCUCAAAUACCACGUGGAGCUGUUCUCACAGAUUUGAAUGAUGAAGGCGAUGAUAAUAUUGACGAUCAGCAAAUUCAAGGCGAUUCGUAUCAAAUUAAAAAGUUUAAUGAGCCCGAAGCCUGUGAACAAACUCAUCAUAUAAUAAUUCCAAGUUAUUCAGCUUGGUUCGAUUACAAUGCGAUUAACGCCAUUGAAAAACGUGCAUUAAUCGAAUUUUUCAAUGGGAAAAAUCGAUCAAAAACACCUGAAAUAUAUAUGGCAUAUCGGAAUUUUAUGAUUGAUACUUAUCGUUUGAAUCCGAAUGAAUAUUUAUCAAUUACUGCCUGUCGGAGAAAUCUAGCUGGUGAUGUUUGUGCCAUAAUGCGAAUUCACGCAUUUUUGGAACAAUGGGGAUUGAUUAAUUAUCAAACGGACGCAGAUCUUCGUCCAACGCCAAUGGGACAUCCGUCAACAUCGCAUUUUUCGAUGCUUGGAGAUCCAGCUUCGAGUUUAGCAGCUAGCAAAACGAAUACAGCAAGUAAACAGAUUGCAGAUUUAAAGCAAGAAGCUAAACGUGAAGAACGUGAUGUUGAAAGUACAUUAGGUCUGAGGACGGAUCAAUAUAAUAAAAAACUUAAUCUAAAUACGAAAACAAAAGCAAAAGAUUGGUCAGAUCAAGAAAUUCUUCUAUUACUCGAAGGUUUGGAAAUGUACAAAGACGAUUGGAAUAAAGUUUGUGAACAUGUUGGAACUCGCACACAAGAUGAAUGUAUUUUGAAAUUUCUUCAAUUGCCCAUCGAAGAUCCAUACUUAGAAGGCAAUGGCACUGCAUCAGGUCCACUUGCUUAUCCAGCUAUACCAUUUAGUCAAAGUGGUAAUCCUGUUAUGUCAACUGUUGCAUUUCUAGCAUCAGUUGUCGACCCACGUGUUGCCAGUGCGGCAGCCAAAGCUGCAUUAGAAGAAUUCUCUAAAACUCAUGAAACAAUAUCAGCAACUACAGACGAGACGACGAGAGAGACUACUGAAGCGGCUACUGUUGAACAAUCAACCGACUUGAAUAGUAACGAACAUGACGAUUCAUCUAAGAUCAAACAGGAGAAAGUCGAUGUCAAUGAAUCAGAUGAAAGUAAAAAAAUGGAAGUCAAUGAUACGGAAGAACCUCAAGUAACAAACAAUGAUGAAACAACGACAGCAUCAUCAUCAUCAUCAUUAUCUACGAUUCCAAAACCGACAACAAACGCGGAUCAACAAGAUCCUAGAAAAUUAUUAGCGGCGGAAAUCAAUGACAAAGAUAUUAAAGCAGCAGCAGCCAGUGCCUUAGCGGCCGCUUCUGUCAAAGCUAAAUAUCUAGCUUCAAUUGAAGAACGAAAAAUCAAAUCUCUAGUAGCACAAGUUGUUGAAAUGCAAAUAAAGAAACUGGAAAUCAAACUGAAACAUUUCGAAGAACUAGAAUCCAUAAUGGAUCGCGAACGUGAAAUGAUUGAACUUCAACGGCAACAAUUAUUGCAAGAAAGACAACAAUAUCAAUUUGAAUACGUUAAAGCCUCGGAACAUAAACAUCGACAAACUUUGGAAACUUUCAACGAUAAGUCAUCACCAUUACCACCAGCAUCGAAUGUUACGAAUGGAAACGAUACAAACAUGCAAAGUGAAGAAUCGAUGGAAUCACAACAAAGCGAUAGUUCACCUGCGCACAUGUUGUUGAGAAAUGAAGGUCAUGGAUCGGACUAUAAUAGUGAAUUGUCUGAUGUACAAGAGGAAGAAUUAUAUUUAUUCUCUCAGUCACAAUAUCAUACUACAACAUCGUCAUCAAUGGAAAGAUUUCUAAAAAGGUCCAGUCAACCUCAAUCGAACGCCUCAGUAAUUGACCAGACAAAAGCACCAAAUAGUAAAAAGAAGCUAAAACCCGAUUAUGAAAAACGACGUUAUCAGUGUUCCAUCUGCUACAAACGAUUUCAGCAUAAGCAUCAUUUGAAAGAACACGAACGAUUGCACACAGGUGAAAAACCAUACACAUGCGAUCGAUGCGGCAAACGGUUUAGUCAUUCAGGCUCGUAUUCUCAGCAUAUUCAUCAACGUAACAAAUACUGUCGACCAGGUCAAACUGAUAACGACCUCGAAUAA